CAGCUCGUGAACGAGCGCGACAGACAAGAGGCAGACGCGGCACGACCACACAGUUCAUAAACCGACUAGUUAGACUGAUUGAAAAAUGGACAGUGGGGACCAGAGAGGACUUGCGGCACAGGAUGAGGAGACCAUGUGCACGUCAGCCUCUGAGGGUCUGGAGGAGGGCGAGGUGGAGGGAGAAACUCUCCUCAUUGUGGAAUCAGAGGACCAGGCGUCUGUGGAUCUGUCUCACGACCAGAGUGGAGACUCUCUGAACAGCGACGUCGGGGAAGACGGAGAAGGAAGCUGGAACGAGGAUAUGUCGUUCUACUGUGACAAGUGCCACAAGUGGAUCCCAGCUGGUGAGAAGACCAAUGACAGGGGAUGGCACGUCUGAUACGCCCUCAUGUGACCAGAUUAAGAUGUGAUGUCUAACUUGUGAUGAAUGUGUUCACUCAAUAAAGACUGGUCUGAAAACGU